AUGUUUUUUUACUCCGUCCUUCCACCCAUCAUCUUCUAUCGAGCAUUUCAUAAAGAUUAUGAUUUGAAGCUUCAUCAUCUGAAUUUUACAAACGCUCAAAUAGAGUUCUUCACCAAAGCUGCUUUCACUUACCUUCCAAUAUUCAGUGUCAAAUGUAUGAUUUACGUCGUUUACUAUGGUAUGGCGCUUGGAGGUGCAUCUCUGAUGCUUUUUGCUUUGUUCCGCUCCAUACUAUCAGAAAUUCGCAAGAAACAGUUGAUUAUUUCUGCAGUAACAAUCAACCACCACAGACGAAUGUUCAAGACCUUAGUAAUACAGGGUGGGCUUACUCUAGGAGUGUUUGUAUCAACUCCUAUAGCAUUGUAUGCAAGCAUCUUCACUCAUGUGAAGUCAAUCUUUGUUGAAAUGUCAUUGGUGGUAUUUGGUUUAGGAUACUUUGUUCAUUCAUCUAUCAGCUUAUUUCUUUAUGAUGUCAAAAGAUCCCGCACAGGAAUCAAAAAUUUAUUUUUUUCCUUCAAUAGUCAUAAAGAGAAGCCAAAGUCGACAAUCUCUCGACUUCAUGGCUAA